UAUGAAUCUAAACCUUUAACAGAGUCACAGGGAAAUGUUGGAUCUCAUACAUUUUUAGUAUGUCCUUGACACCAAGUUCGCCUUCAAAUUCCCGAGGACUUGUCUAGGGCGAAUAAAAAAGUUAAACGACGUGCGAUGUGCCUGUAUCUAUUCCCCAUGUCAAUACAGAGAGUAGCUGUAUUGCUGAUCAUCUUCAUUGCGUACACCUCGCGCAUUCAAUUCGGAUCACGGAUUCCGCUCAAAUACUUAUUUAGUCCAGGCUGCGUCAGUGGCGUGCAUGCUGAAAGGUUCGUGUUCCACCAAAUAUAUAACAUUUUUAUCCGAGCAACAGCAUGGAUUCUGCAUCUACUCCUGCAAUGUUUCAGGUUCCCGCCAACUUUGUGCGCUUCACAGUUAUCAUCAGUAUCCAGAUGGUUAUCCUGGCAUUUGGAUACGGAUUCCUUGGUGCAGUUGCCUACUUUCAGUACCUUGCUCCACCCGAUCCAGUCUGCGAGUUAAUGAUGAGCUAUCCUGGAGAAUUAACAAUGAUUAUCACGUUGAUAGCGACUAUGCUAUCAGUCACCGCUGCUACUCUUUUCACACUUUCGGUCAAAGAGGCACUAAGGCAUCGAAUGUGGAAGCCCAUUUCUCUAAUUCACCUGAGCACUGGUGUCGCCUUAGCACAGGGCUCUCAUAUUCUGAAACAUCGAUAUAUGGGUUUGACCAUCUCGACACUGUUCAUCAUUGGGAUGCUGAGGCUCUUAACGGCCGGGUGGAUAACUCUCUUGACACCGACCUACUUCAUGUGGCCAGUACAGUUGAAUGGAACCGAACUUGACAUAACUGGAAGCGCGUUUGCCACCUUGCUCCGCCAAGAAUUCCUAGCAAAUGGUCUCACUGACAUCCAGGACAAUGCUUUUGAAAUUCUCGACAUUGGCGGAAUGCUCAGUGGAGUUACUGCUGCAGGGUUUACCUUUGGUCUUCCCGGGACAUUCAAUUUCAAUGGUGCAAAAUAUAACAGGGGGGUCGUUCCUACCAUUGAAUCAUUUUCCGGCUCGGAUGGAGUUCCGAAUGCUAAUGGUACUCGUCUUGGGUUUUCCGGUGGAAAUGUCACGGUCAACACAGGAGUCGUACCCGGAUCGCACCCCAGCGUGCCUAUUCCUCAAGGCUUCAGCACGAACUAUUCCAUGUCGCAACAAGGGUUAACAGCCAAUGUCAGCUGCUGGGCCAUUGACUCGAGUCAAACGCAGUACCUUUGGGACGCGAACAACUCUUACGUCAUCUAUGCCAAUGCAGCUGCUUCGAACAAUUCCAUCACCGCUCUCCGCUUGUGGAAUAUCAGCGCAAACUGUGGUACCAAUACGCUGACAACGUACGAAUAUGUGACCAUGGUGGAUGCGAAUGGAAAUACGAGCUCAUCAGGGACUGGCUUUCUUCCAUCUGUUGUGUGCCAAGGACCAACGAAUAUGAACCAAACUUAUACAAACUUCACCAUUUUUACACAAGGGUUUUACAAGUAUGGGUUCCUUCAAGCAAGCGUGUGCGAAGUGGUUCCCCUGCUGACCACAGUCCGCGCCGAUUAUUCCAAUGAACAAAUUUCUUCCGAGGUCACCUCAUCCACUCCAUUCCAGCCAGAGAAUGCCGAGCUACUGUCAUUUAUUGCUUCAGUUGCCAGGUUUCAGUCGAUCAACUCGCAGGGGCUUACGAGCAGCACAAUUGGGGAUACUUUGUACUCCAUCUAUUCAUCGACCACUAUCGGAUCCAUCAAUAACAAUCUCAAUGACACACAGGUUUACCUUGAGCUAGAGGAUUACUGGCGUGGUGUUGUUGAAUUUUCCGCCACAUUCCUUCGAUCCGGGUUUAUGGCCACAGGUAGCUUCCCCAAUAACGAGAUCCCGGACAAUCUUUCUUCCCAAGUCACUGGGACAAUGUUCAUAUCGACGAUUGGCUGGACUCGCUGGGCUAAGAACUCACCAACAUAUCUGCUCGCUACACUCCCGCUCACCAUUAUCACCAUCCUCACGUUAGCCUGCGCGUUGUACAGUAUUCUGGAGGCUUGGAAAGAGCGACAUGGAUGGGCUGGUCACCACAGGGCCCAUGACUUCGAUGUGUCAAACACUCUUCAUCUCAUUAUGGUAUGCGCUGCUGGGAGUCUCGCACUCAAAGAUUUCGGCGAGCAAGGGAUUAUCAAUAACGAGCGCGUGAUGGUGCAGCUGAAGGAGGAUGGUGAGAAGAAGAAGUUUGUGGUAGCUGAUCCACCGUAUUUGGUAGCGUCCAAGGAGUUCGUAUGAUUUUAGGCACCAUCGCGCUAUGGCAGUUGGUACCUGAGACAAGGUCAGAAAAGUUGGACAGAUGCGAUACAUAUCCCGAGACAUCUAUGAAUGUAUUGAUUUCGAAUAUCUAUCUAUCUAUU